CCCGACGCGGGGCUAACCUCCCGCCUCGGCUCGGGCGGCCGCCCGUCGACCCUCAGCCCCCUCCGCCGCCUGCUCGGCCCGCCCCGGAGCUGGGGGCAGGGUGCCAGGGGAAGCGUGGGGCUUGGCUCUGUGAUUCAUUCAUUCUCCGCCGACGGGAGCCUCAGACCCGCUGUGCUCUGAAGAGAGGAGGGAAGAGGGGGCAGCCGCGAAUGAAGGGCCGGGCACGAGCCGGGCUCCAUUGUGCUCGGCAGCGGGAGGCGGGAAGGGGCUGAGGGAGGUGGGAUCGGGGCCCCCUCCCCCUGCUCCUCGGCGUGUGCUGCGCCCCCAGCCUGCUGCCAGCCUGGAAAUGGCUCCGUUUAUUCUCCUCGGGAGAAUGAAUCGAUCCUGCCCAGCCUUCCCUUCCUCCUCCCCACCUCCUCUCCGCUCCGAGUCUUAGGAGAGAAAUUUAAAAGAUUCCAAUGUGGAGUUCGUGCACGUCGCGAGCUGCCAGGUUUGCACUUCGAGGAGAUUUUUCUAUGUACUUUUUUUCUAACUUGAGCGUAGGGAAGCAGUGGCAUUGCUGCUUUUAGGAUUUUUAUUCAAGUGCACGUUGCGUUCAAUUGCACGCUCCACCCCCCAGGGACUUGGUGUGGUGGAGAAAUUUGAACCCGCAGCCUUAGCACCGAAAAGGCCGAGUUACCUUGCGCUCUUGAGUGUCAAGGAGGACAUGAGCGAAAUGACCAGCGAACUCAUUUUUUAUAGGACUCCGUGAAGCUGGAUUCUGCAUUUUCCUACAUGUAAGACUCUUUUUUGUGUGUGGAAUAGAGUGGACUGCUAUCUGCUCCGCACGGCAUUUUAGCUCUGUUAAGCAAAUGCCGCCUCUCUUUGAACGUUUUGGUAUAUACGAGAGAGAAAUCAUUUUAUCCAAGAGAACUAAUUGAAUUGUCAGCAUCAUUGAAAUACCUCCGGAAGAGGAUCUGGGGGGGUUGAAAAGCAACUGCGAAAUAGCAGACGGAGAAAUUCCUUUGGAAGUUAUUCCGUGGCAUAAGAGCUGAAACUUCAGAGCGAGUUUUCAUUGGGCAAAAUGGGGGAACAACCUAUCUUCAGCACUCGAGCUCAUGUCUUCCAGAUUGACCCAAACACAAAGAAGAACUGGGUACCCACCAGCAAGCAUGCAGUUACUGUGUCUUAUUUCUAUGACAGCACAAGAAAUGUGUAUAGGAUAAUCAGUUUAGAUGGCUCAAAGGCAAUAAUAAAUAGCACUAUCACCCCAAACAUGACAUUUACUAAAACAUCUCAGAAGUUUGGCCAAUGGGCCGACAGCCGAGCAAACACUGUUUAUGGACUGGGAUUCUCCUCUGAGCAUCAUCUUUCAAAAUUUGCAGAAAAGUUUCAGGAAUUUAAAGAAGCUGCUCGACUAGCAAAGGAAAAAUCCCAAGAGAAGAUGGAACUUACCAGUACACCUUCACAGGAAUCAGCAGGCGGGGAUCUUCAGUCUCCUUUAACACCAGAAAGUAUCAAUGGGACGGAUGAUGAAAGGACACCUGAUGUGACACAGAACGCAGAGCCAAGGGCUGAACCAACUCAGAAUGCAUUGCCAUUUUCACAUAGUGUAAUGGAUAGAAUUUUCUUUUUAUUUUAUUUUAGUGCAGCAAUCAGCAAACAUUGGGAGGCUGAACUGGCUACCCUUAAAGGAAAUAAUGCCAAGCUCACUGCAGCCCUGUUGGAGUCCACUGCCAAUGUGAAACAAUGGAAACAGCAGCUUGCUGCCUAUCAAGAGGAAGCAGAACGUCUGCACAAGCGGGUGACUGAGCUCGAAUGUGUUAGUAGCCAAGCAAAUGCAGUGCAUACCCAUAAGUCAGAGUUAAAUCAGACAAUACAAGAACUGGAAGAGACGCUCAAAGUGAAGGAAGAGGAAAUAGAAAGAUUAAAACAAGAAAUUGAUAAUGCCAGAGAACUACAAGAGCAGAGGGACUCAUUGACCCAGAAGCUACAGGAAGUAGAAAUUCGGAACAAAGACCUGGAGGGACAACUGUCUGACUUAGAGCAACGUCUGGAGAAAAGUCAGAAUGAACAAGAAGCUUUUCGCAAUAAUCUGAAGACACUCUUAGAAAUUCUGGAUGGAAAAAUAUUUGAACUUUCAGAAUUACGAGAUAACUUGGCCAAGCUACUAGAAUGCAGCUAAGGAAAGUAAAAUUUCAGUGCCAGUUGAUUAGAAGAUACACUUAUCUCUCUUCAUAGGACUGUUUGGGCUCUGCAUCAAGAUUGCACAAAAAAUUUGAAUAUCACUCCUCCGGGAGGAGAAUCUUUUGAAAAUCGGAAUUGUAUAUUUCAGUGUAAAUUUUAGAAUUCAGCUUGUAGCUAGUUGGGAAUAAAAAGAGAUGAAAAACUUGAACUACAAAUUACCUCCAUGUAUAUUAUUGGCCAUAGUUAACUAGAAAGUUAUAAAUAGACACUUAAUGCAAUCUUUUUUUCCGAUAUUAGCCAAUGGGAGAAUUAACAAUGUCUGGGUCACAUCCCCUUUUUGUGUUCAACACAGUGAAGAUUACCUGCUUUUUAAAUUAAUUUAUUUACGAUCUAGAGCUGUGUUUUGUGCAAAAACUUAGUGAUGGAAGCCCUGUCUUUUGUUGUAAUCUGAAUAAUUUCUCAGGAUAUUUUUGCACUGCUAAAAAGCAGUGCCAUUACCAAUUAAUUCUUGCCAGGAGUGAGAAAGAGCCACAUCUUUAAAUGAAAUAGACUAUAACUGGGUGUAUAGAGUUCUUCCCUUUUUUUGUGCUGGAAGAUAUUUCACUCUGGUGACUAUUCUGGUACACUCUGGUGUUCUCUAAUCUUAUCUGUUGUAUAGUUUACUUUUCCAUAUUGAUUCCAUGUAUUUAUGAGAAGAUAUUGUCUCCCAUUUUAUUACACAUUUUAAAGCCAACUAAUGAAGGCAGCUGAGUCCCUCAGAAAUUUUUCUUUUUAAAUUUCUAAUAAAUUUGACACAGUACUGAAAUACAGCAGCCCGUCGUUGACGGUCUGGUCUGGCAAUGUUAAGUAUAUUUACAGAAUAUGCAGUUACAUUUAUUUAUAUAUUUUGCAAGAAAUUUUUUCUGAAUGAUCAAUGCAUUUCAAUUUAUGAAUAAUAACGGUUAUUGGGGAACUGUUUAUUAUAGAUAAUUUUAAGGUGUAUAACUAUUUUAAAGAGGAUCCAUUUACAUCAAACAGCUGAUCAGAGGACUGUGUCUGAAUUGUGAUGGUGGCAGAUGGAGAUGGAGCUCUGUCCUCUGUCUGGGUCUUCAUAUCAAUCACAUCUUUAUUUAAACCUUAUAAGGCAAUAUUCUGAACUGUUAACUAGGCAUUUCAACACAGGAAUUAAAUUCAAUAGGCUCUUCUCAGUGAACGGGUUUUAAUGUUGUUUUGAUGUAAUUUUAAAAGACUUUUAGCAAACAUGCAUUUCUUUAUAUAUUUCUUUCACAAAGCUAUUUUAAAAGUAAGCCAAGUGCUGUCUAGUCUGCUUAUGGGUAGGAAUUGCAUCAGAGUACAUAUAUUCUUGCUGUACAAUGCCUGUGAUGUUGAGGAGGAUCUUUUUAAAAGUGUAUGCUUGAGUAUCUGACUCUAUGGAGUCUAUAAAUGCACUGACUUUUUGUUUGUACCCCAAAACGAUUGAAUUGUUAAGUACGAAAUUGAGCUAAUCAAUUGAUUUGUAGCCAUUUUUUUCACUCAAACAGCUACUCAACACUAGAUAAUUUUGUUUUACAUGUAUGUGUAUGUAUGUAAAUACAUACAUAUUAAUUUAUAUGAGAGUGAAAAAUAAAUGAUUUGUUUCUAAAGUUAGUUUCUAAAGUGAGUUUUCAGGUGUCUCUGAAAAAGUUUAUAACAGACACGUAAUCAUGAUGUAUUAUAUGGGCUAUAACAUCCUGUAAGUUACCUCCAUCUAUUUUAGGAUAUUUUCCUCACCUAUUUAUUAUAGGGAGAAUAAUUUAGAUACACAUGCUCAGAGCUAUUUCUCUGAUAAAUCAGGUAAUAAAAUUUAUUUGAUUGAUGGAAUUUUUGAAGAUGUGAUUUUAUCGAUAACAUCAGUUUCUGAGUAACAAAGAGCACCAGGUUUUAAUUUAAAUAGGGGAUUUAACAUUAAGGAUCAGGGAAUUUAGUUAUGAAGAGUUAAAAAAAAUUUAAAAAACAGUAUAAGCUAUUGAAAUGGUAAGUGAACUAUUUUAAUGAUGUAAUAAAAUAUUUUUAAAUUUUGACAGAGUGGUCAUUUAAUGGGAAAAUAACUCACCAAAAUGUCUCCACAUGAAUUGUAUUGGUAAUGUGAGACAUACGUGUAAUUUAAUAUAUACAUAUACCCAUAUGUAUAUAUAAAAAUUAUUUUUAAUAUUUUCCUACUGAUAUGAAAUUUAAAAUUGGAAAUUUUGUGAGUGUUUUCCUUGUCCAAUAGAGCCUAAUUGUUUCCUUUUUUAGUGACUUAACAAUUUCUUGAGGGCUGCACCUUUAAACUCCCAGAUUGUCAAUAGACAUGUACAGUAUAUGGGAUAAGGUGGACACAAGUGCACAUAUAAAUAGAAUCUUCUUAAGACUAUUUUAAACGUCGUUUACAGUAGGAGAGUAUCUAGAGGUCAUCAGCUACAAGUCAUGAUUAGAUUGUGUGCCUACUGUAGUUCUUUUUCCAUUUCUGUAUUAUAUAAAUAAACAUUUGCAUUUUAAAGUUCGAUUUUUCCCAGAGACACAUAUUAUAUAAUGUAUCUAUAUUUAGAUCAAACUAUGGUGAUAUAUUUGUCCAAAAACGGUGUUGGGGACUGUAGCCUGAACAUGUGGACUUGGAGCGACACAGAGGAGAGCAGAGUGGAUCCCAUUGUGUACAGUUACUCUGUGAGACCUAUGAAUCCUUGUAUAAAAACAAAAACUGAAAAAAAGACAAAAAUACAGUUUUUAUUUUGAAAUA